CGGCCGUCGCGCGGGCCGCACGCGAUCUCCCGCAGUUAGAGCCUCGGUUGAACUGCCUCGCGUCGCGCACCACCUCGCCCGCCAGCCAGCUUCCAGACGGAGCCGCGCUUCAUAAUCCCUGCUGGGGAUAGCGCGGAGCCGGCUCGAGGCGCGCCACACCGCCGACGCGAACUUUACGGCAAACUUGACACACUUUUCACUGGAACGAGGAACCCCAGGCUGCAGCACAGUCUCGCGCCACCACCGACCCACGUUGGUCACAAAGAAGGCAGCUCGUCGUCGCCCGCGCUGCGCGAGGUACUGGCCGUGGUGCGCCGCGCCUGGCCCGAGCCGCGCUCGCUCUUCGACCACUGUCGCGCGAUAACCCGCAUGUCUUACUCCCGGGCGCCGCCCACCGGCGCCGGCGCGGAGCCGUCCGAGCGCGCCGACGCCAUGAGCCGCCACCUGGCGCUGCCGCCGCGCGCCGGCGCCUCGCCCGGUCUGCUGCGCCGCCGCUACUCCGUGCCCGAGACCAUCAUGAGGAAAUAUCGUCUCGCUCAGCAGCGGUCCGACUCAGAGGAGACCGGGGCCGUGACGAGCCCACCGGCGUCGGCGUCGCCCCCGCGCGGCUCGUGCAACUCGCUGUGCGAGUCGCCGCAGCGGUUCCUGCGGCGCGACCGCGAGGUGAUGCGCAAGUCGGCGCUGCUGCGGCGGCUGUGGGGGCGCGCGGGCGCGUGCGGCGCGGACUGCUGCGGCGCGGCGUGCGGCCGCGAGACGCGCUCGCUGGACGGCUCGCGCGCCGAGCUGCGCCCGCUCUCCGGCAGCCUGGCGUCCUCGCGCCACUCGCAGGCGCCGGGCUGGGCCUCGCCCAAGCGCCAGCGCCUCGACUUCCCGCGCGACUUGCGCAGCAGCGACGAGAUGCUUCGGGCGGCGAUGAGGAACAGCUACGACCGCGCCGAGGAGUCGCGCUACGAGAGGGCCGCGAAGGGCGAGUGCUCCGACUCGUCCUGCCCCUACCGAGGCCGCGAAGCCUCGUCGUUUGUCGAAACGACGACCGAUGCGAUGACAGACAGCGACACGUCAAAGUUCGACGUCAACAGCGACUCGAAUGCUUACACCCAGUAUUCCGAACGACUGUCUUCGGAUGCCGUCACUGCGGAGGUCAGAUCGGAAGAACAUCACACGGACGACGUGCCGAGCGAAAACUCCCCUUCUAAUACGCAGAUGGACGAUAACUCUUAUGCGGACUCGUCAGAUACAUUAUCGACUUCUAUGUCUACGGCGAAGGAGACUAAUGGAUUUGUAGUAGGGUCAAAAAUUUCAAAACAAAUGUCGAAAAGCGCACACAUAGACGGACGAAUCAGUGAGAGAUCUGCGAGUGUCGAAAACGAUGAAAACAAUGUGUUACCGUAUGACACGCCGCUCACUGUGGAGACUCCGUCGUAUGAGCUUCUCGAAAUAGUGGUCUCGGAGACCCUGAACAGCAAUAACGUGCCCGCUCUUAAGACCACGGUACCUGAAAGCACGAGUAACCAAACUUUAAAAGCACCCGUAAAUCACAGAUUUCCACAAAAUAUCAAUAUCGAUGAAUACGUUUCUAAUAUUUUAGUGGAAAGCUUAAAUUCUCUCACAGAUCAACUCGAAUGUAUGAAUGCCUCCAUCGGAAGCGAUCGUAAAAUCAAUAUCGUCGAGAAAGAAAUCAAAGUAAAAUUACAAAACACGGGCGUCAAUACCAUCGUACAUCUGAGUCCAACUUCCAACAACCAAAUCAUUUUCGGUAACGAGGAACUCUGCAAUAACGACGGGCGGAAAGACAGCUGCAACAACCCGCAGGACGCGCGCGACAGCGUCACCAUCCGCGACGAGAUGCUCAGCGUGGAGUCCAACAACAACCAGUCGCGCGCCGCCUCGCCCGCCGCCUUCUACGCCGCGCCGCACGACCACGUCAACCAGGCCGUGCUGCAGCAGAUCCAGAAGCUGUUCCAGGACGAGCUGCAGAGCAUGAGCGCCGACGUCAACUACCAGGUGGCCUCCAUCCCGGGCGUGUCGCACAUAGAGAUAUCCAACGUCGACGUUUACUUGGACGACAACUCCGAUCCGACUUUAGAUAGGAAUGAAACCAUUGAGAUGCACACGCAGCACAACGUGGAAAUCUCAGAAAUUAUUAGUGGAGUCGGCACCGGCAACUAUUAUGAAGACGUGGACAACAACGUGGUCGUGCCUCGUUUUUCAGCGUUUCCUCACACGGACUCGAUGGAAGUGAACACCUCGUCCUCGGAUGACGCAGAGUUGGUCGGGUCGGACUGCACGAGUCUCGUCGACAGUCUGGACGACCCCAACUCGCCGAGAUCGAUUCUUCUCCGCAGAUCUUUCAACAACAAUAGCAACAAAAGAAGCGAACUCGUGCGCUCAGCCAUCGAUGUUUUAGAUUUGCUGCCAGAAACCUCGCCAAAAGAGGACGAAACGUCUCCCAAGGAGAGAGGCGAAGCCUUUUUUAUCAGGAUAAAAGACAACGACUGCGACUGUGAGAAGGAAAACGUCAUCGUCGCGGAUCACAUGCCGGAGAAAAUAAAACAGCGCUUGUACCGACGACACCGCAAGCGCGAGCUGCGCAUGGAGUGCGCGCGCCGCUCCAAGGUGAAGCAGCUGAAGCGCGAGCUCGAGCGCCAGCGCCACUCGUCCGCCUGCGCGCGCCAGCAGCGCGAGCGCGAGUGCGCCGCGCUCGUGGCCGCGCUCGUCGACGAGCUCAUCGCCAAGGUCGCGCAGGACGAGUACAAGUGCAUGCGCAUCAAACAGAAACCCCCGAAAAUGCUCAUAUCUAAAUCGGAUGAAAAUAUAUCUAGGAAAACGUGGAGAAAGGAUGUUGAUUUUUGCCACGGCAAGGAGUCUCACAGAACGAGCAGAGGGGGAGCCCCGAUCGUCUACAUGGACAAACCGGAUAGAAGUAAAAAAAAGUCGGAUCGACAUCACAUUCACGGAAAAUUAUCGCUACUGACGCACCCGUCGUCUUUGUCUCCGGACGACAGUGGUCCGAAGAGAAUCUAUCAAAAAUCCGAAAUACACGAUGGCAAUAAGUGUAUAGAAAUACUCGAAAUUCUAGAAUACGUAAACGGUUCACAGAGCUCCCCUGAAACGACAAACUCCGAUGAGAAUCAUAAUCAUAAAAGUAAAAAGUCCCGCAUACCGGUACCGGUUUACGAAAGAAUUCAAAAAACACCGAAAGGAAAUUCACAAAAAGGCCAUCACGCGAGUGGCGAAAGACUAGUCAGCUCACCUACGGCCCCUCCCCGAGACAGAAGCAAGAAAUCUAAUAAUCUGCUCGCAAAUAUGCUCAGGGAAGUGCUGGCAGGCGAGGACAGCCCGGAGCCGGCGCACGAGCCCGCGCGCCGCGCCUCCGUGCCGCUCGCCGAGCCGCGCUCGCGCUCCAACUCGCUGCGCUUCCGGCGCGUGUUCGACAGCAUCCCCGAGGAGAAGAGCAGCGUCAGCUUCGAAUCCUCCACCGAGGACGCCUGCCACAACCGCCGCGCCUCCGCGCCCACUCUAGUCGAAACUCUCACCGCGCGCCAUAACAGCAAUGGUGGCGGCGCAAAGCCGACAGAACCGACUGGAGAAAACGAACCUACGAAAUCUAUAAACUUUACACGCGGAGUGAAAGAGACUAAAAGCGCCGGGACCUCUCCGAUAGUGGACGAAGAAGCAGAAAGGAGAGAGCAAAGGUUAAAAAGUCAGACCACAAUGACGUCUCCUAGUCACAAGUCUGCCGCCACUAGCCCGAUGCGAAGCUCGAGCGGCGCGCCGACGGGGGCGGCGGGGGCGGCGGGGGCGGCGGCGGCGAGCGGCAAGCGCGGGCUGGCGUCGCGCAGCCGCGCCUGGCUGGGCUUCACGCGCCCCGAGACCAAGCUCGAGGAAGGUAUCGCGCUCGCUUGUGCAUCCCCGCUGGUAUCACACCGCACAGCUUCGGUUUCCGUAGAGUAGACGCCGAAAUCACACUUUACACGAGCGUUCCCUAGUUUGACCGAUCGUUGACCGAGAUGUUAUUUUUGUUCGCGUUUUAAUUUUUAAUUCUGUAGAAUUACAAACUGGCACCGUUGAUCUGGCACAUUAUUUAUUUUAUUAUAAUUUUUGUCAUAGACUGCAUUUAUGUAAUGUACGGUUGUAUGAAAUUUGAGAAAUAAACGAAUGAGUUUAUCAAA